AUGGGAGAUGAUCUUAUAAUCCAAACAGAUCAUGUUGAGCUAUCAGCAGGUGAAGCUGCCUUCAGAAAACGACUGAACCGAAAAAUUGAUCUGCGAGUUAUCCCGUUUCUUAUUGUCCUCCUGAUGUUCUGUCUUAUUGACAGGACCAACAUUGGGACUGCCAAAGUGGCAGGGAUGGGCGAGGAUCUCAAUCUUGAUGGAAACAAAUACUCUGUCGCCCUCCUUGUGUUCUUUCUCCUCUACACAAUUCUGGAGAUUCCGAGCAUUUCGAUUAUCCGGCUAGUUGGUGUAAGAAACCUGCUAGCCGGCAUGGUCUUAGGCUGGGGUGUUGUGUCAAUGUGUCAUGCCUUUGUGAACACAUACGCGCAGCUCGUGGUAGUAAGACUGCUGCUUGGAAUGUUUGAGGCCGGGUUUCAGCCUGCAUGUAUCUACCUGAUCUCAUCUUGGUACACCCGGUACGAAACACAACAUCGUCUUGCCGUUUGGUUUACCUCCGGAAACAUCUUGGCGGCAUUUUCAGGUAUCAUUUCGUAUGGUCUCAGCCUCCAGCAUGGUGUCGGAGGGCUUGAAGGGUGGCGCUGGAUCUUUCUCGUCCCAGGCCUCAUAACAGUAGUCCUUACUCUGCCUAUCUGGUUCUGGGCGUCGGAGUUUCCCGAGAAGGCCAAAUGGUUGGCUCCAGAGGAGCUGACCUUCUUGCGAAGACAACUCCAAGAUGAUCGAGCAGAAACGCUUGACGAGAAAUUGACGUCCGCCAAAGUACUAAAUUCUGUCCAGGAUUGGCGAGUUUGGGUCUUGUCUUCCUUACUGUUCUUCGUCACCGCAAGCGUCUAUACAUUGACAUUCUUCACUCCCACCAUACUCAAUUCUAUAGGGUUCAGCGUGGAGAUGAGCCAGAUCCUGGUCACUCCACCCUACAUUUUCGGAUCACUUGUAUCUAUCGCGACUGGAAUUCUUGCCGACAAACUUCACAUGCGAAGCCCUUUUAUCAUUGCCCAUCUGGUACUUCAAAUGUUGGGAUUUGUACUGAUUGGCUGGGGCCCCAACAUCGGUUCCAGAAUGACGGGCAUUUUCUUCUCCGUCGCGGGCAGUUUGUCCGCCAUUCCGACGGUUUAUGCGUUUCUUGCCAAUAACGUGGUGGGAGCAUCUAAGCGCCAGAUUUCGGUACCACUGCAGACGACCUUUGGAGGGAUCGGCGGAAUUGCUGGUUCUCUCUACUUUCGCCAACAAGAUUUUCCAAAUUACAGGCCCGGGCUCUACGCAACAUUUACCAGUCUGGGCCUCUGUCUAAUCAUAACCUCCAGCAUGGGUCUAUAUUUCUGGAGCCAAAACAGAAAGGCCGACAGAAAGGGCAAGAUUCUGGAAGGCCUCGAAGGUUUCCGAUAUACAAUUUAG